CAUGGAAUAGUGAGAUAAGAUACGUAAAUAAAUAGAACAUAAAAUAUUUUAUUUAAAAUUGUAUUGUUUUAAGGUUCUAACUGGAAAAACUUUCAUUGCUUAUUUAAUUAAAGUCUGUAUAUAUGACGUUUUAUUUUUAAUUAAAAAACAUUACUUAUUUCAGUUUCUUUUAUUGUGUAUUUUUUAUAUUUAACUUAAUGUUUAUAAAUUUUUCUAUUGUGAAACUAAAAUUACGUUUGGUUUUAAUCGUUCUAGUAUUACUUGUAGUUAUUCCGUUAAUAGGUCAUUAUUACUUAUCAAAUGAAGAUAAAAAUGGAUUUGAUUAUUCUUAUAAUACUCGACAUGCAAAAUUGGAUGUGUAUGAAGACUAUGGGACUCUUAAGGCCUCCGAUUUGAAGCAUAGAAUUUUAGAAUUAAAUAGAAUUAAAAAUUCAGUGAACAAUGAAUUAAGAAAUAUAGAGGGUCAAAGACAAAAACUUCUUUCUGAACUUUCAGUAAUCCAAAAAAAAAUAGAGGAUGCUAAAGUAGAAUAUUUGCAUGAAAAGAGUGAAUUGGAAAAAUUGAAAAUAUCUGUAAAACAAGCUCAGGUUGCUGAAAAUGAAGCAGUUAUGCAAAAUACUCCUCGUCUUGCACCACCUAUACCUAUAUUAUCACAAUCAUCUCCUAUAAAUAUACCACUUUCAACUAAUCCUUAUUGGUGUCAAAAUAUGAAAAAUUGUUUUGAUUAUUCUCGGUGUUCAUUGACUUCAGGGUUUCCAUUUUAUUUUUAUAAUAAUGAUGAAAAUUCUAAAAUAACAUCUGUAUCUUUUAACAAAAUUGUUUUACAAGUUUUACGAUAUAAUGCACAUUUUACUAAUAGUUCAAAUAAUGCUUGUGUAUAUGUUGCUUUAAUUGGUGAAAUUGAUAGUGAAAUUACAAAUAAUCAAUUAAAAAACCUUUCAUUUUGGGGAGGAGAUGGGAGAAAUCAUAUUUUGAUUUAUUUGACUAAAAAGAUUUUUGAACCACCUAAAUAUGAUGAGAAUAUAAAUUUUGGACGUUCAAUAAUUGCACAAUCAUUUUGGAACAAAACCAAUUUUCGCCUGGGUCAUGAUAUUUUGUUACCUGCUUGUAUUGGACCUCCUGGAGGGGAAGUUUGGAUAGAUUCUCCAUAUAUGUUACCAGCUAGAAGAAAAUAUUUAUUGUCUUUUGAAGGAUACAAAAAUGUAAAUUUUCUUAAUAACAAUCAACAAAAUUUUGUCGAAAUGAUGAAUGAAUUUAUUUCUAAAACAUCUGUUGAUCAAUUUUACUUAAAGACUAAUUGUGAUAACCAAAGAAUUGAAAGUAACAUAAUAGAUUGGUGUUUAUGUGGUACUGAAAUAAGUCGUAAAUCAUUUUUAAUGCUAUCCACAUUCACAUUGAUUCCAGCACCUCUUGAUAAGGAUAUGAUUUCAACUGCUAUGUCACAAACACGUUUAUAUGAGUCUUUAAAAUUUGGUGCCAUACCUGUAUUUUUGGAAUAUGAUAAAAUAGGAUUACCAUUUGAUGAAGUUUUAGAUUGGUGCAAAGCUGCAAUUUGUCUUGCAGGGGAACGAAUUCCAGAAUUACAUUGGUUAUUGAGAACUGUGUCAGAUAAUGACAUACUAUCAAUGAGAAAACAAGGACGAAUGUUGUAUGAAAAAUAUCUUAGCACUGUUCAAGCUGUGUUAGAUACUACCCUUUCUAUAGUACGUAAUAGAAUUGGUAUACCACCAUUACCAGUGAUUGACAUACCAUCUCCUAGCAUAUUUAAUGAAAACUUUAAGCCAAUUAAGAUGGAACCUAUUAUACCUGAUGCAGAACCAGAAGAAAGUUUAGGUCCAUUGGAACCUUCUUAUGCUUCACCAGUUUUUUUAAGAAACUUUACAAUUAUGAAACUCCAAGGAUAUGAACUAUGGAAUGGUUGGGGUGAUCCAUUUAAACUUUAUCCUUAUACACCUUUUGACAUAUUACUUCCUUCGGAUGCUAAAUUUAUUGGUUCUGGUAAAGGUUUUCGUCCAAUUAAUAAUGGAGCUGGUGGGGCAGGGAAAGAAUUUUGUCAAAGUCUUGGUGGCAAUUCACCAAGAGAGCAGUUUACAAUAGUAAUUCUAACAUAUGAGCGUGAUCAAGUUUUGAUGAACUCAUUGAGUCGACUUAAUGGUUUGCCAUACUUAAACAAAGUAAUUGUUGUUUGGAAUUCUCCUAAACCUCCCUUAGAAGACUUACGAUGGCCAGAAAUUGGUGUACCUAUUCAUGUUAUUCAUGCAGCAAAAAACAGUCUAAACAAUCGGUUUUUACCUUAUGAAGCUAUUGAAACAGAAGCUGUUUUAUCAGUUGAUGACGAUGCACAUUUGAGGCAUGAUGAAAUUAUGUUUGGAUUCAGAGUUUGGAGAGAACAACGUGAUAGAGUUGUUGGAUUUCCUGGUCGUUUCCAUGCGUUAGAUCUUAACCAUGGUGGUUGGUUGUAUAAUUCUAAUUACAGUUGUGAACUAUCAAUGGUUUUGACAGGGGCUGCUUUUGUUCAUAAGUAUUAUUUAUAUUUGUACUCGUAUUGGUUGCCCCAAGCUAUAAGAGAUAAAGUUGAUCAGUAUAUGAAUUGUGAAGAUAUUGCUAUGAACUAUUUGGUUUCUCAUGUUACUAAUAAACCACCAGUUAAGGUUACAUCUCGCUGGACUUUUCGGUGUCCAGGAUGCCCAGUUUCUCUAUCAGAAGAUGAAACUCAUUUCUUAGAACGUCAUAAGUGCAUUAAUUUUUUUACAGAGAUAUUUGGAUAUACACCACUUUUAAAUACACAAUUCCGUGUGGAUUCUAUUCUUUUCAAAACUCGAAUACCACACGAUAAACAGAAAUGCUUUAAGUUCAUUUAAAAGAAUUUUGAUUAAUUAAUAUUAUAUUUUAAUAUUUAAUUAAAUUGAGAUUAAAAUCUGGAAUUAUUUAUAAUUAUGAACAAGACUGAUCAAAUUUGACAUUAUUAAUAUAAUUAAUUAAUAAACUCCAUUCUUAACUC